UAUAAUAAUAUGUUCAGCUGCUAGGAGUUCCAAAAAAGGAUUUGAUAUUUGCAUUGACAAACAAAACAAUACGAGCUCAUGGAGAAGUGAUUCAGUCACGUUUGGACGUGGAAAUGUCGAUUUGUGCCAAAGACGCAUUAGCCAAAGCCAUUUACAGUAGACUAUUUGAAUGGUUGGUAACGCAUAUAAACAAAACGCUCAAAACAAGUGUUCGUAAAACCGAUGGUCGCACAAGCAAAAACAAAUCAAUCGGAAUAUUGGAUAUUUAUGGUUUUGAAAUCUUACAAAACAAUGGAUUUGAACAGUUUUGUAUUAAUUAUUGUAACGAAAAGUUGCAAAAGUUAUUUCUUGAUUUAACACUGAAGUCGGAACAACAAGAAUAUUUAAGCGAAGGCAUCGAGUGGACUGUUGUUGAUUACUUUGACAACGGAAUUAUAUGUGACAUGAUCGAAGAAAGACACAAAGGGAUCAUUUCAUGUCUCGAGGACGAGUCUCUUAAACAAACUGAUGUAUGCAAUAAUUUGAUUUUACUAAACGAGUUGGCGAGACGUUUUAAAGAACAUGAGCACUUUUCAUGUUAUCAAACAGCAAACGAUCCACAAUUCAAGAGGACAAUAAUUUUACCUACGGAAUUCGUGAUCAAACAUUUUGCUGGUACCGUGACGUACAAUGCUUCUAGUUUUUUGGAGAAAAACAACGACUCUCUAUUUGGAAAUCUGAGCCAAAUAAUGUCCAGCUCCACCAACGAGAUCAUAAAGACGAUUUUUUCAGAUUGCCAGACGCCCAACAAAAAGAUACCAGAGACCACAAUAAAGCAAUUUAAAAAAAGUUUGAAUCGGCUUAUAAACACAUUAUCGUCAAAAGAGCCAUCGUACAUAAGAUGUAUCAAGCCAAACAACUACAAGGAAUCUGAUAAUUUUGACGAAGAAGUGAUCAGCCAACAAGUGAAGUACAUGGGUUUAGUCGAGAUACUACGUAUCAGGAAAGCCGGUUUCGCAUAUCGUGGUCAAUUCGAAGUAUUUUUAAAUAGAUAUAAGUGCUUGUGCCCAGACACUUGGCCCGAUUGGACUCGACGGUUCGGCGGGGUGGCCGUCGAUGCAGUAAAACGGCUUAUUGAACAUCUGCAGUAUACGAACGAAGAUUAUAAAAUCGGAAAGUACGUGAAUAGUAGUAGCAAGUAUCGAAAAUAA